AUGGAUGUAUCGAAGGAGCAUUUAAGACACAUAAUGCUUUACGCGUUGAAAAAGAGAAACAGUGCAGCAGAAGUAAGCAAAAAUGUUCAUGUUCUUUAUGGACGCCCUGUUAAAUUCGACGAUGAGCUUCUUUUGUCGGGGUUUGAGAAGGAUAAUGCUGUGUCAGUUGAAGAAUUGGCAAAUAAGUUUAAUUCAAGCCAUUCAGCAGUUCACUGCCAUCUUCAACAGCUUGGCAAAGUGCCCAAACUCGGAAAAUGGGUUCCCAAUGAUUUGACAUAA